ACAGAGUUUGUGAGAUUUGAUGACUUCCAGAAAUCCCUUCUGGAUUAAUCGUAAAUUAUUGUAUGAUUUUGUGUUUUAAUAAUCUAUAGUCCAACACACGUUUAUAGUCAUCUUUAUUUCUCUUGUUUGUGCAGGGAUAAAGAAUGGAAUCAAAGAACAUGACCACCACUGUGACAGAAUUUGUCCUGUUGGGCCUGACACAGAGCCACAAGCUGCAGUAUUGCCUCUAUGUGAUCUUCUUCCUCAUCUAUGUAAUAACCUGGCUGCUGAACUUCACCAUCAUUGCCACUGUGGCUGUGGAUCACCAGCUCCACACCCCCAUGUACUUUCUCCUGGCCAACCUCGCUUUCCUUGACAUCAGUGAUUCCUCAGUCAACACUCCCAAACUGCUGUCAGGCCUCCUCACCCAGCACACAGUCAUCUCCUUCAACCAGUGCUUCCUGCAGAUGUUCUUCUUCCAUUUCAUUGCAGGUGCAAUGUCAUUUUUGCUCCUGGCAAUGACGGUGGAUCGGUACGUGGCCAUCUGUGAGCCCCUGCGCUACCUGUCCAUCAUGAACUGGAGCACCUGCACAGGGCUGGUGGCAGCUGCAUGGCUGGGUGGAUUUCUUCAUUCUAUUACACAAACUGGUUUUCUUCUCCAGCUGCCAUUCUGUGGCCCCAAUGUACUGGACAAUUUCUACUGUGACGUCCCUCAAGUCAUCAAACUGGCCUGCAGUGACACUCGCAAGGCUGAGCUACAGAUGGUGUUUAAUAGUGGAGUGAUCCUCAUCAGCCUUUUUGUAAUCUUGAUUAUUUCUUACAUCGUCAUCUUGCUGAAGAUAAGGACGUGCAUCACAGAAGGGAAGCGAAAAGCUCUGUCUACCUGUGGAACACAGAUAACUGUUGUGAGUUUAAUAUUCAUCCCCUGCAUCUUCACCUAUGCCCAGCCUUACAAGAAAUACCCAAGGGACAAGGUGGUCUCUGUUGUUUACACUGUGGUCACUCCAAUGCUAAACCCAAUGAUCUACACACUCAGAAACACUGAGAUGAAAAAGGCCAUCAGGAGAACACUGGGGAAAAUAUUUCUGUCAGCAGGAAAACAGAAACCAGAGCAGACAGUAGAUCCAAAGACAUCAAAUCUGGUGCUCCCAUGACAAAACUGUGUUCAUGACUGGUAUUCCUGUACAGAAGAAUGCAGGGUGCCCCCGACUCUGGGAAUGAUUGGUAUCUGACUCUAUUGAUUCAGAAUGCUGAACAAUUGCUUUAUUAAACUCUACUAUAUUACAUUAAUACUAUACUAAACUACAUGCUAAAGAAAACUUGUGACUGUCUCCAGAUAGUUAGGACACAGCUUUUUCUAACUGGCUAAGGAAACAAAACAAUCCUCAGCAGAAUCUAAUUACUAAAUCUUUUCAGGUAAACAAUUUUCUUAACUCAUUCCACAUGUGUAAAAACAACAGGAGUAGUAAGUAGACAUAAGAAUUGUUUUCUCUUUCUUCUCUCUGUGCUUCUCCAGGAAAAAAAACGGGGUGAGAGAAUUAUCCAUCUCUCUGUUCAGAGAAUGUGAAUGCCACAAUUCCUACUCCUUCAGUAAGUCAGCAACUUUCUAGAUGUGAGAUGGGCACAACAUUCACCUCCCAUCCCUUUAGGAAGGCCAGUCACAUGGAGUGUGCAGCAUGGUGCCAUGUCUAGGGCCCAAUAAAAGUUGUCUGCAAUAGAUCACUGCAAAGACAUCUCCAUGACACACCAAACCCUAAACCAGGACAAACAGCCUGGCACUGACCGUGCAAGGUCAGCCUUGUUCUCUGCUGUGGAAACCACUCCAGCAUGUCUCACUUCUCUUCAGCACUCUGGUGUAGAUCUCUAAAUUAGCUUUGAUGCCUUACUGAACCUGCAAAUAAAACCACACACUUUGGAGAUAAUGUUUGUAUAGGGGGGAAUAUAAAGAGUGGUCUUUAUAGAAGGCCUCCAGUGACAGACAUGGAAAAUGUGUGGAAAAUGUCCACAAAAUGCCCACCUCCCCCCCACCGAGUUCUAUAAAUUAAGCAAAUUAGCAUAUUUGGCAAAAAUCACCAAUUAGGAGUACAAAAGGUGAUGCAAUUUCUCCCAGUUCAACCUUCUCUGAAUCUUCCCCCUCAGACAGAAACCAAACUUUGUUUAUAAAAAUAAGUCCAGAAGAGCUGAUUCCUAUGGAGAACCAAGAUAGGAUUGGGGCCUUGGAAUGUGUUCUGUCUUUCUGCCUAUCAGGGCAGGUAAAAGUACUGGGAAAACGAGCUAGAAUACAAUAAUAGGCUGCAGAGAUACAAAUGUACGUACAAAGAAUAGAGAGAAUAAAUAAAAGAAAAAAAGGCAAAAAAUCAAAUUGCUAUCAGCAUGAUGGCAUCUGCACAUUCCUGCAUUAGUAAUUUCACCAGCAAUGUUGAGAUAGAGAAAAAAGCAUUCUGAAAAUGCUUUAGUGGGAGAAAAUUCUCAGACCUGUAAGGAUUAUUUAGGUUUAGAGCUGUUUGAGUUUAACUCCCUUAGCGUGACAAGUGAGAAAUGAAAUCAAAUCUGUCUGUCUUGACAGCAGACACAAAAAUCUCCCACAAAACAUAUAAACAAUGGAUGGGGAGAGAAAUUCAUAAGAGGAAGUAGAACUCAGAAUAAUAAAAGGAAAAAAAGAGAAAAUAAAGUAAUAAAAACAAGAGAAAAAACCUCCUUAUGUCCCUUUUUGAUGCUUUGUCAAACAUUAAAAUUUCAUGUCACGUCUUGAAAACAAAACAUUUCUCAAUAUUCUUUAUUUCCUCCUUCCUUCCUUCCAUGGAGAGCUGCAGGGCUCGUUGUGCUGGCUGUGUGCAUAAAUUGAUGAUAUUUAAUUUCUCUAACUGCAAAUCCUGACCCUUCUGCCUGCCCAA